UUUUUUUUUUCAUCGGCGCGCAUAGCUUCGCUUAUUGUAUCUUGUAUGCCGUAAAAAAACGAGCUUUUCCAAUGACGCGUGUGUGUGCAAUUAUAGACGAGCUGAAAUCGUGUAUUAUAAUUACGGCAAUUCUCACUUGCAAUUUCGAAGAAAUGGAUGCGAUAAAAGUAUACAUACGAUUGCAACCGGUAUUAAUUCUUCUGCUAUAAUUGCGCGUAUUAUUAUUAUUAUUUUUUUUUCGAGUAACCCGCAUAGUCCUAUUUACAGUCCGAGCGCGGACUUUGAAAGAUUUCGUGUGUAAAUGCAAUUAGUCACGCCGUUAAUAAAAUACGAUGUACGCGUACACGGCAACCCAUAGAAGUACCCAUAGAAGUAAUCUUCGCUCUUUCGGCGCUAAAUCCCCGAAAAACCUCUCGAGCGCAUCGCGCUAACCAGCCGCCGGUACAAGGCUUCGAUUUCCUGCAGCAGUAUUAUAGCGGAGCACAGCCAAGAGAAACUCCAUAGCACCUACACGCCUGUCUCUCACCCACCUUGGCUUUCUUUCUCUCUCUCUCUCUCUCUCUCUCUCUCUCUCUCUCUUCCUCGGCAGCGAGAACCCAUACAGUCUCUUGUACACCUUACCUGUGCUGCGCCGCUGUAUACUCUUACAGUAGGGGCCGACGGUACAGCUCUCGCGCUCUAUACUUCACGAGAGAGGCUCGCGCUCUCCUCUGUUCUCCGCGGUUCAGUUCCCCUACCAACCGGUGUCCAGUUAUGUUGCGUACUGCGCGCGCGCCGUGGCGAACGAACAACAGCAGCAGCAGGCUUCUCGACGACGGCGACGCUUUUUACGUUUCCUAACCGAAAAUUCAGCAUCAGAGUUUCGUUUGGAUCGUCCGUAAUUACUCACACGCGUAUACGGCGUCGUGCUCUCGUGUGCGUGGAAUUCCAUCAGUGAAGAUCGCAGCAGCGCAUCAGGUGUUGUACCUACGUACUUACGUACGAUCGGUUAGUCCUCGCUCGAACAGUCCGGUGUAUAAGUACAUACCAGUGUGGUCCAGGAUCGGCAGCGCGAAAAAGCAGUGCGCGAGGGUACAUCGAUUAUACGUGUUUGUGUGCGCCUGUGCGUGUGUGUGUGUGUGUGACAGCGGAGGGCAAAAUGGGCCCGACGUCUAGCUGGCCAAGCACCAGCGCCGCAGCAGCCACUACCGCAACAACGGCCAUAACGCUCGGCCUCCAGCGACGUCCGUAACGCGACGAUAGCAUGAGCCCAGCAACCGAUCGACAUCCCAUCGGCGCCUAAACAAAAAAAGAAGAAGAAGAAGAAGAAGCAGCUUCACUAAAGACAAGUGUCCUCAGUUCCGGAUUCCCUAUAGCGGACGCAUAUACCGGUCGCAAAACACGACGCGCAUAGGCUAGCCGCCGCCGCUACGUAACUCGAGCGAGCAGAGAGAGAGAGAGAGACAAAACAAAAGACUCGCGAGCUCGAGAGGGUGGGAGGUUGGGUACGGCGGUGGUGGGGAUGAGGAUCGCUGAUUAAUAAUACGCGAGCCGGCUCUCUCCAGAGAGCGCGAUGAGCCUCGAAAUCGUCAAUACCGCAGUCGCGCUCGUGCCGACCACUACUACACUGCUGCUCUCCGACGCUGACAUGUAGUGUCUCCGCGACAUAUCCCAAGUGUGUUUCUUCAAUUAUUCUCCAUUGAAUAUAUCAGUGCCACUAACAGUGCGACGAGAACGAGUUACACGACUGACUCUGUACAUUACCUUCGAUAGCUUCAGUGAAAUAUGAUUCUUUUAUCCGGAAUGCGAUAGAGGAACAAAAAGAUAUAACCACAGCGUUGUACCGAUUUCGGCGGAACGAUCCAUCUCUCUGUGAUUUGACGGGCUUAGCAAAUUCAAGAGAGAGAAAGGAAGAAGCUCCGAAGAUGAAGGCGAUCAGCGACGUGGUAGCGGAACCCGCCAAAGCCGACGACAUGUUCUCCGCUGAGAACAACAACGAGGAGAUCGGCAUCGUGCGCCGAGGCAGCCUUGACUCGGUCGACAGGAUCAGCUUGACAUCAUCGACGACGACGUCCUCGAGCAUACUGAGCGGCAGCUCGGAACUCGGUACCAGGACACUCAGGUCCCUCAAGAGGGGACUUGGCAAACUCUGGCGCAGACACAGGGGCAACGCCUCCAUCACCGAGUACGACCCCUCGUACAAGGUCGCCUACCUUGGAAAUGUGCUCACCGGUUGGGCGAAAGGCGAAGGCUGCGUGGAGAAGCCCGUGUCGACCCUCUGGCGCAACUACGUCGGCAGCAAUCGUCCCGACGUGUCGAUGAGGCUGACGGUGACAAACGGGGGCCUGACGGCCACGACCAAGGACCACGGCCUCACCGAGUACUGGGCGCACCGGGUGACCUACUGCACGGCACCGGCUUCGCAUCCGAGACUCUUCGUCUGGGUCUACAGACACGAGGGCAGGAGACUCAGGCCUGAGCUCAGGUGUCACGCCGCCCUCUGCUCCAAGGAGUCGAUCGCCAGGAGACUAGCCUCGGUACUCAACGCCAGGCUCCAGCAGGCUCUACUCGAGUUCCGCAGGGACAAGGUCUCCAGACAAAACGCAAGGUUGUCCCUGGCGAACGCGGUGUACGAGAACCCAUCGCUGCCCCGCCGCAAGAUCCUCCUGAGCACAGGUGGCUCGAAUUACCGGCCACCUCUGGAGCGUUCCAAGAGUGCACCAAAGCUCUCGGCCAUCGAGGAAGACGCGGUGGCCGAGGAGAUAGAGCAACAGCGCUUCCUCGAGGAGCUCCGCUCCCUGGAGCACGUGGCGCGCACCUGGCAGGAGCAGGAGGGCUGGAGACUAGCCAGACUCCUCGACGCCCUGCACCGGGAGUCGUCCGACGAGAACGGAAGCAUCUCCAGUGGGUGCGAGACCGCGAGCACAGCCAACAGCGAGGAGAGAGUCUCCAGCAGCGAGGACUCGCAGCUUCCGCUCGAGCCGGAGAUCCCUAACGGCCAACGAACGAGCGGCAAGGUCCUCACGGCGGCCAUGACUACGGCGGGCUCGCAGUCACCUCCGCUCUGCGAUCCCAGCAACGAAGGUCCCAGGCGCAACUCGGACGGCUCGCCGAACUUCAUGACCUGCGCGGGUAGUCCCAGAUUCCGACGCAGGAGCAGCCGACAGACGAGAACCAGGAGCCGCAAGCUCCAGCAGAUCGCCGCCGAUUGCAGCAGCUUCUCGCUGUCGAGAAGCGAGGGCGAGGAGUCCAUGGAGGAGGACGAGCUCGAGGUGCCGAGUUCGACUGUCACCGGACAGACCACCGUCAACGGAGGUGCGGUGCCGAACUUCUUCGAGUUCGAGGACGUCGAGGAUCUAGACGAGAUCGUCGACUUCCGGCCUCACGGCGAGAGCCCCAGGAGCUCCUGCAGCAGCACGCAGUCCAACCCCAGGCUACAGAACGAGAAUUACGCGACGUUCAUCGCAAGACGAAGCGACGCGAUGAAGCGCAGCUCGCGACCCGUCUGCCCCGACUCGAGAGACGAGGUCGACGGCUGCGAGGCUGAAGACAGCGCGACCAACCCGACAACGACGAGCUUCCACACUCUGGGCUCUCUGGACGAGGAGGAGGUCGACAGCGACGAGAGCGGCUACGUCGAGGCCUCGCCCAAGAGCUCAAUGGACCGAACGGAGCUCAAGACGCGAAACAACGAACUUGACAAGGAGUCCCAACUCGAGACCAACAAUAACAAGCACAACGACGAUCAGAGCGACGUCGUUAUCACGAGGACGACGUGCCAAGAUCUGAGCAGCAACGCUAGUCCCGCCAAGAACGUCAUCCUGGCCGAUAAUGCGGAUAAGGCCGAGUUCAUCAAGUGCCCGAUAUCAGAGACCAUCAAGAAGCUCGCCAACGCGUCGCUCAGGAGCAGCAAGGCAAUCAGGGUGUCGACGAACGCCUGCCUCGAGUCUAUCAAUAAAUCGGCAGCGAAGCAGCCCGAGUUCGACGGAGAAUCGCCGAGCCUGCUGCAGAGAAAGCGACUGCUUGCUCAGCACGGCGUCACCGUUUGAAGAGACUCGACCCACCACCGGAAGGAUCUUGGGAUUUUGAGUCUGAAAGCAUGGAGUGCUGCUGCUGUCGCGGCACUGUAAGAGAUGAUAAAAAGCGUUGCAACGCGAAGUUGCGGAGAUUUGAGAGUCUGACAGGAGGAUUCUUCGCGAGAAGUGGGUGAAACGAAAGAAAUGGCAAACGAAAUUCGCAGUAUUAAGUUUAGACAUUCGUAUUCGUAACGCUUAUCGCAUUCCCGUGUAUACCCACUUUAUCGCGAGUUUCCUGUGUCGAUAUCGGACGACGUCUCGUUCAUUACUCUCACUUCAGGAAAGACUAGACGGCAUAAUUGUCCAAACUCGCGGGUUUCGCUCAAAAAACGCUCGACGAGAUGCAUCAGUUUUGCUGACUGUGCGAAAUUAUCCGCAAGUGUGCUGAUUGCGUGUGUUGCAGAUUCGCGAGUCGAGGUUGUAGUUAAUUUAAGCGAUCAGUUUCGUCGGUGUGUCUUAACGACGAUUCUUGGAACUCGCGGAUAUGAAACCCAUUGUUAUAAACGCGGCGAUACGCUUUCGAAAGAGUAUAGUUGUAAUAAUCGACGUAAAUUUAGUGACAAAACGUUUUGUUGUCCCACUUUCUUCGGUGUGUAUUUAGAUAUGACGUUUAUCGUUCCUUCCAAGGAUGACUCUUUUUUAUUUUUUUGAUGAAGAGAUAAUUACGUGUGACUUUGCGUGCAGCUAUAUUUUAAGUUUGGAUUUGGUUUCGUCAGAUCGUGCAUCAAGAGUGUAGAACGUUUGUUGAUAGAGUUUAUUUUGAAAACUUUUCCGCGUGUCUAUCGUUGAAAUUUGAAAAAUAUAGGAUUGGUGAAAGUGAUCCAUGUGAAAUGAAUUGUCGGUCUAUGUGAUAUUCUUUUAGGUAUAUAAACCAUUUCGUUGAUGCGCUUUGUUUUGAUAUAUGUGCAAAAUUAUAAAUCUGUUUUCGAGCGUUGAGCGCGUAGAAAAAUUAUGUUCGCUUAAAAUGUUUAGAUAAGAGUCCCGAAAAUAACCCAAAAAAAAAAAAAAAUAAUAAAACGAAUCAAACUAUAAUGACAAAAAAAUUACGAGACUAUAAAUGUAGAAACCUUGCGACGAAUUAUAUAUUAACGAAUGCAACAAGCAUAAAUACAUGUAUUAAUAAAUAUUUAAUAGUUCCAUAGUACGUAGAACAAUGAAUGUGUAUAAUAAUUGUGGAAAGUAUCGAUUGAACUUUUAUGACAGUUGCUUCCAAGUCAACUUAUAAACUCGUCGCAUAAUUGUCACAAAGGCGCGUGGAACACCAUCAAACCCUCUGUCAACAUAAUCAAUAGGGAAUGUGAUGAUUAGCAGUGAACUAGAAAGGAGAGAUUAGAGACAGUGUCGGAUGAGCUUUUCCAUGGACAUUAAUUAAUAUUAUUUUACGAACAUUCGCGGAAGCGCUAAUCACAAGUGUAGUUCUGCAGUCGUUGCACGCAUCUCGUGUAUACGCGAAUCGAAAGCGAGCUGGACUGUUGCAUGGACUCGCUCUCGCGUUGCGUGUUACAAGUUUUUUUUUAAUUGUCUAAAAGUAUGAUUUUCACCAUCGUCGCAUUGCUGUAGUAUUAUGAAAAAAAAUAAAAAUGCUUCGAAUGUGCGAUUCGACGAAGUGUAUUUCGCGUGUAUGUAUAUAAUUAUUAUUCGAUGUAUAUGUAUCAAUUAUGUUGAUGCGCCGCCCGAUGAGAAUGUUCGACUGGUGAUGUGCGAGAUACUACUAGAAAGGGCUUUAUAUUGAAUCAAACAUGGUGCGAAUUACGACUCCUUGAAAUAAUAAACUAUUAUUAAAUUAUU